AUGCCCAAGCUUCAUCACCUUGGAAUUACUCUGUGUUUAACCUGCACCACUUUAUUUUGGCUAACCUUGCAGUUCGAGAGCUAUGGCACUCGUCUUAAGGAACUUAAGCAAGGUGCUAGGGAUUUACUUGCUAACAUGAAAGAACCACGAGACCAACUGGAUCUGAUCAACACACUGCAACGCUUAGGAGUGGCUUACCACUUUGAAAAGGAUAUCAAGGAUAUUCUUGCUAAACUUGUUGAUGCUAACAUUGCCACUGAUCUUUACACUGUUGCCUUGCAAUUUAGACUAAUACGUCAAAUUGGUUUCUUCAUUAGUACAGAUGUGUUUAAUAAGUUCAUGGAGAGAGAUGGAAAAUUCAUGGACAGCUUACGGGAAGAUGUUAUUGGGCUAUUGAGUUUAUACGAAGCUUCGCACCUUGGGAUGCCAGAAGAAGAUGUUUUUGACGAGGCCCUGAAUUUUAGUACAAAACAUCUGUUAGUGUUAAGAAAGAAGAUGGAUGGAAAUAAAGCUGAGCAAAUACAACAAUCACUGGAAUAUCCACUGCACUGGAGGAUGCCCUGGACAGAAGCACGAGAUUUCAUUGCUAUCUACCAAUAUGAUGCUAAGAUGAAUUCGGUUUUGCUCGAGCUUGCCAAGUUGAACUUCAAUAUCAUGCAAUCUGUUUAUCUGAAGGAGCUGCAGGAACUAGUGGAGUGGUGGAAGGACUUGAACUUUAAGGAAAGGCUACCUUUUGCUCGGGAUAGGCUACUUGAGUGUUAUUUUUGGGCACUGGGGAGUUGCCCACCGGGGCCCCAAUUUCCCAUAUUGAGGAGGAACCUCGGGAAAUUCGGAUCCUUGGCAACACCAUUGGAUGACAUAUUCGACGUAUAUGGCUCACUUGAUGAGCUUGAGAAGUACACGGAUGCAGUACAUACAUGGGAUCUUAAUAAGGCAACGGAGGAACUUCCAGAGUACAUGAAAGUAUACUUCUCAGCCAUGUACAACCAUGUUAGUGAAAUGGUCCAAGAUGCCUUGAAAGAUAAUGGCAUGGAUAUUUUACCCUAUAUUAAGGAACAGUGGUUGUGUUAUGUUAGAGGAUAUCUCAAGGAAGCACGAUGGUUUCACAGCGGAUACACUCCAACUGCGGAUGAAUAUCUUGAGAAUGGCUGGGUCUCGAUUGGUAUACCUAUAUCCAUUGUCUAUGGCGUUUUUGGAAUGGCAGGGCACUCUAUAAAUGAAUAUUUGUCAGAAUUUGUGGAGCAUUGGUCUUCCUCUGACUUAGUUAGGUUGCCUGGCUACAUUGGUCAACUCAUUGAUGAUCUAAACACUGCCGAGGUUGAAAUGAAAAGGGGAGAAUCAAUGAAUUUCAUCCAUUUUUACGUGACCCAAGAUGGUGUUUCAGAGGAAGAAGCACGUGAUCAUGUGAAAGGCUUGAUAAGAAAUUUAUGGAAAAAAUUGAACAAAGCAAUAGUUAAAGAUUCUGUUCGUGCAGCCGACAUUGUUAAAGUUGCCGUCGAAAUGACACGAUGUGUUCAUCGGAUCUACCAUUAUGGCGAUUGGUUUGGCAUUCAAAGCAAAGAAAAUCAAGAUUGUGUCAAGUCAAUCCUUGAGCCCAUUCCGAUGGAACAAUGUGAUCAAGCUUUACUGAAAUAACGUUUUGAAAUUUCAGCCCAAGAAUGGCUUAAUAAGUUGAUUUUAUGCUUUAUGAGGCCUUUGAAUAAGAGGUUGCUUAUCUUUUUCUAAUUGAGUCUUGCUUGUUGCUAUUAUGCUAUGUUGUAUUAUUUAUUGCACUUAAUUCUAGUAAAUUAUAUUUAUACUA